ACCCACAUGGGAACAUGGGACCCAAAAAUAGCCACAUGACAGUGACUGUUCAGAGAAGUUCCUCUUUUAACUCUCACGAUCCAACACUUCCCAAUCCUGCUUUUCCUUCAACUCAUAUUGUCGUAUGUGUUGUGAGAAUGAAGUUUAUCUCAGAGAAUGUUGUUAUUUCUAUCAGGAACAAAGCGGGAUCCUUCCAACGGGCCUUUAAACCCCUGCUGCUUCACCUCUGGGAUGUUUACUCGGCGCCCGCGCCGGCCGGCAGGGACGUCCCGACCCUCCUGGCUCUCUGCCUCGCGCUCACCGUCGCCACCGGCGGCCUGCUGCACCGCUGGCUGUCAAAGACCCUCGAGUACGGCGGCGGGGCGUCGGCCGGCGCCGCCUGCCUCUACGGCGCGGCGGCGUUCCUGCUCUCGUCCCUGUGUCACCCGCUGCGCUGCGUGCUGACCCUGAGCCUGCCCACCGUCUGCACCGGGCAGGGACGCAGGCUCCUCAUCGCGGCCUCCGUCAUGAUCCUGGCGUCCAACGUGGUCCCCAACAUCACAGCCAACGUUGGGGCGGUCGCUCGCGCCUUGAAGUGCACGGCCGAGGGCUUCGCCAAGACGCUGUUGAACGCCACGGGGCCCCUGGACGAGGCCAAGCGGGACCUCGUCCAGGAGGCCGUCAAAGUGAAGCGGGAAGACUUGGGCGUCGUCGCCCACCUGAGGGAGCUGGAUCGUUUCACGCGCGUCGACGUGUCGGAUGUCAAGAGCAGGUUUGCCGAGGCGAUCGCGCAGAUGGAGGCGCACUUCUCGGGGGCCAGGAACCUGCUCGGAGAAUACAAGCUGCUGUCGAGCCGCAUCCUCGCUGCCGUUUUUGUGGCUGCGCUGAUCUUUGAAUCCGCCCGCUACUUAAGAUCCUAUCUGGCAUCGGUGAAGUUUGACAAUGGCUCCAUCUCCAAAGGUCUCCCGCAUAGGGCGAAAAACAAAACCAACCCCACGAGCUGCAGGAUUACCAGUCAGGAAUGUGCCGCGUGUUUUGUGUCGCUGGUUGUGGUGACAUUAUAUUUCACCGCAAUCACUUUGAUCGUAGCUUUGGAUUACGUCGUGUAUCACAUUGUUCAUGCGACCCUUCCGUGGAUGCUGGACUUUCAACCCACAUCUGCCAGCAUAAGUGUGUCUUACAAGGUCCACUGGUUCCCCCCUGCCUUCUGCAUCAUCCCACAAUCCUGCGUCACGCGGGAGCUCGCGAACUUCCACAGGGUUUACGAGUGGACUUUCAACCCCGAGCCGUCGCUGUGCGAGGCGGCGACCUCGGCUCCGAGCCCGGGGGUCGCCCUCGUCCUGGGAUGUCUCUGGGCCGUGAGCUACUCGCUGGUGUUCCUCGAGGUUUACGCCAGGCGGCUGCGCGGAAAGAUCUCCGCCUCCUUCUUCAGAGAGAGAGAGCAGAGGAGGACGGAGUACAUGGCGAAGAAAAGCGCAAGCCAAGCGGAGUGGGAGCAAGCAGAGGGAGGUGGAGGUGGAGCCCCCGUCGUCGACUAGAGACACCCCGAAAGCCCAUAUUCUUGUUGAGUUGAGUGCUCCCGAGGAGCAGAUGACACUGCACGAAAGCGUGAAUGAAUGGAUGAAUCCAGACAUGUGCUGUAAUGCCCGUUGAGGGGUUACCAGGCCUAGAGAAGUUGAAAGUAAUGCCGUCCAUCUGCCCCUCCACUAGGUUUGGCUCUCCACAACAUGCAACCAUUAGGGGUCCUGAGGGGGAUGUGGCGUUGAGGGGGAACUGUAGCAGUCGGAGGUGAACAUUUCCCACUGAACCUUCCGGCAUGAUUUCCAAACCCCACGGGCAAAAUACUUAUUGCUUGUUACCCACAGAGUUGUUGGGAGUUUCAGUUUUUAAGGUCAUCAUUCGCUGCUCUUCUUGUGUCUGUUCUUGCUCAACAUGAACUGAAGAUAGAGCAUCCUGUGUCGGAACCCCCCUUCCUGUGCAGGCGCCUCACCCACCCGACACAUAAACCCUGAUGUGGUUUUUAUCGACGCGCCGUGUCACCUGCGCAUUAUGCAACCAUUUUUCAACGGUUUUGUUGGGUUUUACAUAAAUGUCACAGAGUGGUUCAGUAUAAACUUUAGUUAUUUCUGGUUUGUUUUCCCCCUCGGUCCCACUAGAUGCCACUAUGGCGCCGUGAACGGAUGCGGAUGGAGAACAAUAUGUACCUCCUGUUGGGAAAUGAACAGCAAUAGAUUGGAUCUUACAGUUUUCAUGAAUAUUUUAUUGGUCUAGAUGACUUUUAAAGAUUAACUGAAUCUAUUUCACGUGCCCAUCGAAUUAUUCACCCGACUAUUUUAGUCCGUGUGCCCUUACGAAAAGAAGAAAAAAAAACGUUUUUCUCUGAAACGUUUUGCAUUUUUAUCAGAACACCUCUGCCGAAGACUCCCAUGAGCCCUCAGGAGUUUAUUUUAGGAUACAAUCAAGAAUAAUAAUAGAAUACUUAUUUAUCAUCUAUUUUUAAUUUUAACUUUUUGUCCACUUUGUCCAUGUUUGUGUAACGAUGAGACACGGAAAUGUUAAACUAUUCAUGUAUUUUCCAUGUGUUGCUUUGUGUGUGUCUCUGGGCUCAUUGCUGGUGGAAAUGCAGUCAACUGAAUGAUCAAUGAUUUAAAAAAUGUAAAUAAAGUGUAGCA